AAUGUUGACUAAAAGUGCAAAAGGUGACUAAUUGCAUUAAACUAUUACUACAGUAUCAAUAAAAUAAUAAAACCUAGAUAAAUUAUAAAUCAAUAAUAACAUCAGAGAAAAGAUCAGGUGAAAUUCCAUAAUAUAUGAAUGGAAAAUGUAAAAUCAAACUUCGUAAAGAAAAACUUUAUUUGCCAUAUUUACAUAUAAGAGAACCCUCUCUUCCAACUUUGAAAUCACCUGUUAAUAAACAACAAUAACAACUAAACAGCAUGAGUUGGAUUUCCUUAAUUUAAGUCUAAAAUAAGCCUAGAGAUAGAUCAAUUUCUAUUGCCAAUGAAACAUAUUUUCAGAGAACAAGAUAAGUUAGUUUUUUAGAGAAUCUAUUAAAACAACUAAAUAAAAAUAAAAAAUAAUCUUGA